UUUCAGCUCAUUAGGACGUGGAAAUGGCAGCGUUUUCCGUUUUAGUGGAGUGGUUCGUUCUGUUAGUCUUUUGAAAGCGCAUUUAAAUUGCAUCUGUAGCAUACGAUUAACCUGGUCUCUUUUCAGACGAAGGUUAAAAAUCCGCGUUCAUAUUUGACAAAGUGUCUUGUCUGUUUAUAUAAUUGAGUGUUUGGAGGACCGCUGAAAAGGUAGGUCGGCGCUAGCUAAGUCAAAAUGGCGGCGAAAUCAACACAAGCAGCAGCUCAAGCGGCUAACUGGACAUAUCCCCCUGGUUCUGAAGCCCCAGUGCACGAGAACCCAGAAUGGGAGAAAGCCCGCCAGGCAUUAGCUUCUAUCAAGAGUCCCAGCAGCACCAAAACUGCUCAAAACAAUCACAGCAACUCACAGGCUGUGUCAUAUCAAAGUCCAGUGUCAGAUUCAGCAGCGCUCCAGCAGCAGCAGUACUAUCAUUGGUAUCAGCAAAACCAGCAGCAGUAUGCUGGUUACCCUUACCCAUACAAUUACUACUACAGUAUGUCUCCAUAUGGAGGUGGUUAUCCUCAGGGUCAGUAUGGUGUUCCAGGAGCUUACCAAACUCCCACUACCCCAACUGGACAGCCUCCUUCAAUGCCCAUGCUUGAUGAUCAGUCUACUAGUUACCUGCCUCAGCCCCAGCCACCACCUCCUGCUGCCCCACAGCCACCUCCCCAAAGCCCCACUUCAUCAGAGCAGCCUCCUCCCCCACCUCCUCCACCUAUACCCCCUCCUCCCAAUUCACAGUAUCCCCCACCUCCCACUCAAACUCCUUAUAAUCCCAACAUGUCUUACUCACCUAAUGAUUCAAAUAAUACAAUGAGGGGCUACACCCACAAUCAUACCCAAGUCAGACCCAAUUACAGCCAGAGCUAUCAAAGCCAGAACACAUAUGCUAGUGCACAGAGUAACACUCAACAGCAGUCACAACAAUCGCAGCAGAACCAGUAUGGUGCAGGAGCAGGACGAGGAGAGGCAAUUAACAAAAAGGGCAAUAAAGGAGGGCAGCAACUGUGGCACCGUAUGAAACAGGCUCCUGGAACAGGUGCUGUAAAAUUCAACAUACCUAAGAGGCAAUAUGUUAUGACCAAUCAAAACUUUUCCUCGGAUGAACAAGGAACAGGGUUGACUAGUGCCACUGCAGCACCUCAGAGCCGCCCUCAAGACUGGCCUCAGGCGAUGAAAGAGUAUGUUCAGCGAUGCUUCACUGCCUGUGAGUCAGAAGAAGACAAAGAUCGCACAGAAAAGGUGUUGAAGGAAGUCCUUCAGGGAAGACUGCAAGAUGGCACAGCCUAUACAAUUGAUUGGAGCAGAGAGCCAUUGCCUGAACUGAAGACCAAGCAGUCACGCUGGGAGGCCAUUCCCCCACAGCGUACUCAAGAGAACUCUGUCAGCCGUGGCGGCGGAACGAGUGUGCCCGCUCGGGGCAGAGGGGCAGGCACAAGGCUUGGUCACUACCGAAAUGUCUUCUCCUCCCAAAGAAGUUCCUCCUCCAGUUCCUCUCGCUCGUCCUCUCGCUCUCCGUCUCCAGCAUCUCACAGCAGACACAGGGACAGGCAUAGAGGGAGUCCAAGACACAGGCGCAGUGACUCUGGAUCACAGUCAGAUAGCAGUAUGUCCAGUGACCUUCGACCUCAGCUCUCACGACGUGCCCAGAAGGGGGGUAGAGGUCGAGGAAAUGACAGAGAGAGAGGUAGAGGAGGUGGAGCAGCGACCACAGCAGCAGAGCGAGGUCGUGGAAGGGGAGGAAGAGCCAACCGGGGCCGGAGAAAUGCUGAGGAGGGUGGUGCUGGCCUUGGGAAGAAGAGAAAGGGGGGUAAUGCUGGCCUGGAUUUCCCAGAUCCUAACCGCGAGGCUAAGAAACAAAGCCGAGCAGCCCGCUUCCACACCAAGUUACGCACCGAGCCUCUUGUGCUCAACAUCAAUUCUUUAGAGCCUCCAAAUGGUACCCAGGAGGGCCUGAGCUGGGAGGAUUGCCCCAUUGUAGGGACUUGUCAGGAGAUCACAAAAAACUACCUGCGGCUCACCUGUGCACCUGACUCUGCUACAGUGCGACCUGUGCUUGUCUUGAAAAAGUCUCUGAUGGCAGUAAAAACCCAUUGGCAGACCCACCAAGACUAUCCAUAUGCAUGUGAGCAGAUGAAGUCUAUACGACAGGACCUUACUGUUCAAGGUGUGCGCACAGACUUCACUGUGGAGGUAUAUGAGACACAUGCACGCAUUGCCCUUGAAAAGGGUGACCACGAAGAGUUCAACCAGUGCCAGACUCAGUUGAAGGCCCUUUACAAGGACUGCCCUUCCGGAAACGUGGGGGAGUUCACUGCAUACAGACUUCUCUAUUAUAUAUUCACUAAAAACUAUGGCGACUUGACAACAGAGCUAGUGUACCUGACUCCAGCCCUGCGUGAGGAUGAGUGUGUCUCUCAUGCCCUAGCACUGCGUGCUGCUUGGGCUCUCGGCAACUUCCACCGGUUCUUCCUGUUGUAUCGUAGAGCACCACGCAUGGCAGCCUACCUGAUCGACAAGUUUGUAGAUAGAGAGAGGAAAACUGCUCUCCGAGCUAUACUCAAAACGUUUAGACCAGCUGUGCCGGUGGAGUAUGUGCAGUCUAGUCUGGGUUUCGAUGGCUCAGACUCCUGCUUGGCCUUUCUCACUGGGCUGGGUGUCUCCUUUCUACCCUCAGACCCCAGCAAGAUAGACUGUAAAGCCAGCUCUGCCUGCCUGGCAGCCUCUUGAUUAGAGCGAGGCUUAGGGUUGUGAUGUACUACAAGCCAGAAAUACUUAUGCACUGGUAGAUGGGGAAAACUGAGUGAUUGGGAGAGACAGCAUUUGAUGAGCACUGAUAACCAACACACUGAAGAGAGCUGGCAGGAGAGACUUGGGGAACAUGUGGUUAAUUGUUUCACCAGUUAGCACCUGUUGAACCCUUGACCAUACAGUUAUAGGAGGAACAUGAUGCAUACAUCAAAAGAAGGGUUUACAGUACAGGAUGGACUCAUCAGUACAUCCUUCUAGACAUAGAAAAUCAAGGGGCACAGUAACUGAGCAAGCUUUGCUCCCAGAGACAGUACAGAUCUCAUCUCUGGGAGCAGCAACUUGGUCUUAGUUUGCCUAAGUCGCAACAGACAGACCUCAGCACUUCAUGCAUCUGCAGUCAUUACAUAUUUAGUAAACACGAAUAUCGUAUUGUGAGAGUACAAUCUUCAAAUUUUCUUAAUCUUUGUAGCCUUGACCGUUACGUUCAUGUACAUAGAUAAAUUUCUAGAACUUGCAGAGAGAAUUUGAUGGAAUGGAGCUGAGGGUAGAAAGUUUUAAACAAAACAGCAUAUGACUUGGAGAAUACACUUAGUGUCAUCCAUUCAACUGCUGUUACAGAAUUUCAAGCUAACAAUGUUUUGUUAUUUUUCCCUCAAGCCUACAGCCUAACACAAGGGAAGAUAUUUCUGAAAGUCAAGAAAAAAAGAUCAGUCAUGAAAGCAAUUUCCUACAUUCCCAGAUGAUUAGCUGCUUGCCUGUACUUCAUCCAAGAUGGAUAUCUCCCCCCCCCCAAAAAUUUUCAGAUCAAGAGAUCACUCCAAGAGACUUGCCUUCAUCAUGCCUAAGAAGUUUGCCAGUCUGGAAACUUAAGUGGUUUGUAUGCCCAGCUGUCCUGAAGCCCAAGAUAUCUGCAGUGUUAAUAGGUUUGAAGGUUUUUUUCCUUACAGUUCUUGCUCAAAGUCUUGACUGAGAAAAGUCAGGAAUGUUGUUCCUCUGAUUCAAGCUGUCUUCACCUGUAACAGUUGCAGUAAUUGCUCAGUAUAAAGAAGAACUUCAACCCAGCACAGUGGCAGCUCAAGGGUAACAUCAAGAUUUUGCUUCCUAGCUUCAUCCUGCUGUUGCUAGGCAGUUGGACUUUUGAGGGGAAAUUGGGAGCUGUUUCCUUUUUAAUUGGCAGUGAAGAUCUGUGACCACGAUGGGAUGCCUGCUAACCACUGGAAAGCUUCACCCCCUCACUCCUGUCAUGUGAUCCAGUUAACUUCAAAUGGCUUUCUUGCAACAGCUGAAGAGAAAAGUCGCAUCUUAUCUGCUUAGGCUGAGAUGCUAGUAGGAGCUGUUCAUCAACAAGAUGCAAGUGUGGGGUUUGUAUAUUCUCCAGUCUUCUGCAACAGCGUCCGCCCCAAGGCUGCGUACGUAUGUAUGGCUGGUAAGAAAAGACUUGAUGUGGCUGGAAGGAGAUGGAUGUCAGCACAAGCAAGCCAAAGCUCAUUUAUCCAGUUAUUGCUGUCCAGUGUGUCACAUGCAAAAAGCUACAUGUCUGCAAAAUGUUAGUUUCUGCUAAGCAUACAGGUGACACAGUAUAGAGAAUAACAGGCAUAUUAUUUAUUAGCUUUAACAAAUUUAAGAGAUCGGAAGAAUUUGAAUAGUCAACUGAUGGUGGUAAAGACCCGCUUGAUGUAGACUUUGGGUAUGAAUGUAAUCUUGAGGGUGGUACUGUUUCAGAAACUUGCAAUUAAAUUCAAUUCUUUGUAUGAAAUCAUUAAUACAUUCAAGUUAAAAUCCAAUUCUGUUUAAAUUGGCAAUGUGCAUCAUAGUAAAUCUUAUUCAGAACUAUUGGGAUAAAAGUAAAAAAGGGCAAUUGUUUCUGCAUUUGACUUUGUACUAUUGAAUUGAGUUGUAUGGCUGUCCUUUUUCUCUGUGUGGGGGCGGGGAAAUAUUUUGGUCUGAAAAGAACUUAAAAUUGGGGGGAAAAUAUCAUGCGCUUAAGUAUGGCACCGUAAUGCAAUAUAGUGGUAUUUAUUUUUCAAAGUUGUUUUUGGUCAAAGUAAAUUACGGGUUCCAUGAGUCAACUCAGAAUCUAGGAUAUACAUUUUUCUUACUACAGUUCAAAACAUUACCCAGUUUGUAUUCCUUGGUUUGUAGAAGCGCCGUGUAACUGUGCUAGCUCUGAGUCUUGAGGAUCUCGUACAGUCAGUCUAUAAAUGGUCAUUUUUCUUUCUUUACAUGAAAGUAAUUGGGAGAACACAUUUGAAGAACCCAGGAGAAGACCUGAAACAUAUAGGGAUAUAUACAGUCUACUGUACAGUCUUGUCCUAUCGGUGAUUACUGAAAAGGACAUUAUUUUAUGCUUAGCAAGCAUUUCUGCAGUUAAGCCUCUCAACUUCCUUCAGUGCAUUUGUGUCCAGUGUGCUGUAUGUGUGGUGGUUUCUUGCUUUUAGUUGGAGUGUUUUGGUGGUAAUUGAAGUGCUUGGUCAAGAACAGUAUUGGGUCCCUGGAUGAACUUGGUGCGUUUAGUAUUAGCAAAUUCACUUGUGUUAAACCAGCACUGUGGGUUGUGUGAUAAUUUUGUAAAUAGGUUUUUGCGGCAUUGUGUAUAAAUUGAAAUGUAUAUCUUGUACAGAGAGAUUCCAUAUAGAUUAUUUUUCAGUAGGCUUCUACUUUUAACACCAUUUAUCUCUGUUUUGCACAGGGGUAGAUUUUACAGCGAUUACUACACAAUACAUUUUAUAAUGGUAACAGGCAGUGAAUUCAGACAUCUUUGGUGGUCAUAGACAUGCUGCUGUACAUUUGUUAAUAUAAUGUGACAUACUUUAACUUAAGUGCUCAAUUUUUAACUGUCUUGGAAUUGUAAUAACUAUCAAAUCAAAUGAGGUUGUAUUUGAAGAUUUCGGUGCAUAGGUCAAUGUACUGAAUAUUUUUUAAAACUAAGGUAUACUCUGCACAGCUUGUGUAUGAUUUGGACAGGAUAAGAUUUUCAUGAGGUUACUGAAUCCAUAUGAGCAAUUUUUUUUCAUGAACUAUUAGCAUUGAUCUUCUUGUAAAGAGAUUUCAGUUUUUGUCCUUUCGUAAACUAUUAAUAACGAGUUAAAACUGACGAUUGGCGUAAACUUGGCAAUGAUCUAAUUUUUCCACCACAGUUUCAGUAUUUUUCUCAGCUGCAUACACACAAGAAUGAAAUGGUAUUUUAAAAUUUAUAAGAUAUGGCAGUGUGAGGGUUUUUUCCUUUGUAACCAUACAAAUUAAUUCAGUCAAUUCUGCCUUUUUACACAGUAAAUGCAACUUUGUUUUGGUUUAUGUUGUCAGAAAUGACCUUGUCUACAUCACCAUAAGUCUGAAGUCCAUUGCCUAUCACUGUUAAACUUCUUGCUUGGUAUCUAAACUGAAGAGAUUAGUGUUUCGCUUCAGGUGUCGGUGAGUGUCAUGGUUCUGUUAGCCUGGUCAGCAUUAUAGCAGACAUGUACUUACAGUACUUUGAAAAGAUCAAAACUUUUUCUUGCCAUGCAUUGCAAAUUAAAAUUGGAGACUUGUAGAUUAAUAUUUUACAGUGCACUUUUGUCAGCCCUAUGUUCUGUUAACUGCACAACUUGGCAGAACUCAUGUCUUCUGGUGUUUAGUUUCUAAAGACCUAAAUAGUAUAUUUUUAUGUAUUCUUUUUGUUUUCAUUGCUUUGUAAGAUUGCUAAUUGGAUCACUUAUUUUCCCUACUAAUAGUCUUCUCACAUUAUCACUCCUGUUAAAAUCCAAAAUUUAAUUGGCCAUUUAAGGUCACCCUGCAUUGUCAGUGGCAAGAGAAAGGUUUGGUUUAAACACUGUGUUCACACCAGCCAAGGAACAAAGUUACUGUUCUAUUGACUUCAAAAACACAAUGCUGUUUGGUUAUAGAUGCUCUCAUGUGUUCCCUGUCCAUGUUGCAUGGCAGUCUUCUUUUUUUAUUUUCAGAUUGUCUUGUCGGUCUGUAUCAGUAAAUUGUACUUGGAUUCAUGUUGCCACAUAUAUAUAUAAUGAGAUUCAGAACUUUGCUGUUCAUUAACAGCAAUAGCAGAGGCUGUUUUUUGACUGGUGUGCAACAGUCUUUGACUUCAGAUUGAAAACCCUGGAAAUUUUAAUGGUAAAUAUCAAAUAUUCUAAAGCCCUGUGUGUGUGGAAGAUUUGCUAACUGAAUUGCUGAAGGAUGUCAUUCCACCCCUGACUUCUAGGGUUUUGAUCUUCAUAUCUGUUAUCUUCUGAGAUACUGUUUUUCAGCAAAUGUAAAUUGUUUUGGAAGUUGAUAUUUACUAUUAUGUAAGAUUUCUUUUUUGGGUCCAUCUAGCUUCUACUUCCAUUUAUUUCCACUAGUGGAAGUAUCUAGAGCUUACUAAAUGGAAGUAAAUUCAACAUGUAAUUUACUCUUGAAAAUCAGUCAUCCUUGACUUUCAAUCUUUCUUGUUACCAGAUCUUCUCUUUCCUCCCCUCCUUGCAGUCUUGAAUUGCAGCAGCAAAACACAAGGGAGAUGCGUGCACAAGAGGGAGCCUUAUUUCAAUGUCAUGAAGCAAGCUGGAAAGCGGAGAGAAAUGAAGCUUGGAAGGCUGGCCCAUCAGUCACAUCAGCCCGUAUUGCCUAAAUUGAAAUGUUUUUAUUCGCUUUAAUUUAGACCUCGUUUUAAAGUUCUUCACUUAUUGCUGUGUAAUGUGUAUACAUAUGUUAGCCAAGGGUGGUUUGAAUUUUAAAAAUGGGCUGCUCUAUCAGAGCAGUUUCAUAUCAGAAUAUCUAAGUCAACACAAGUGUUUUGAAGUUGUGAAUAGACUUUGAUUCCAUAAUUUACUGGAAAAUAGGGUCAAGAUUGGAAAAGUGGUUUUUAUAAAUUUCAUCAACCUCUGUAUAAUACUGGAAUUGCAUUUGUUAAAUUUGUCAUAGGAAAUGUGCUUGCAUUACUGUAGCAGAAUUCAUGUGAACUGAAUAUGCAAAUUUGAACAUGUAAAUAAUUGAUAUUCUGUAGUCAUGGUUGUAGUAAAUCAGUCAUAGCAUCUAUGGUCUUUUUUUCCCCACUGGGUAGUUAUUUUAGUUUUGCCCUUUUACACUCUAACUUAUGAAGCUAUAUGAAUAUGUUUCACUGUACUCAUAAUGGUUUCAGGUGGUCGCUUCUUGCCCAGUCAGGUGCUGCUGCUUCUUUUUCAGCUCAUGUAUAAUUUUGAAGUUAAGCUCUUUCACCUGUUUGUCUGGUUGACCCAAGUAGUGCAUGAAAAAUCUGGAAGCAUUUUUAUAUUAAGUUCAUGAUUAGAAAUAUUUUCUGAGUUGCUGCCUAAAUCUUAACACCCUUGGUUAUCUAUGUAAUGCACAUUGCUGUGCAUGUCCAUAUGAGGUUUUGCCUAGUUCAGUGUGUGCUGAUGAUCUCAAACCAAACUUACUUUGUUGCAAAAACUUAAAAUGGUGCUAGUCUUGACAUGUCCACAAUCUGUACAUUUCUCUUACGUCUUUUCCUAGGGUGGUUCAACGUAAAGACCAAAAAUGUACUAAUUUUAAAUCUGUGAUGCUAGUACAGUUCUGUGUUGCUUUUGAAUGUUUUCUGCAGGAUCUAAUUUUUUUGCCUUGAUUUUUGAGCUCCUAGCUUUAUUUGCUUCUUGUAACAUCUAGUAUUAAUAUGAAAAAUCCAGUGUCUGGAUCUACGUGACUAACUUGUUAGGUUUGAAAAUGCAUUUAUUUUUGUACUAGCCUUCACACGAAGCUUGACGUUUCUGCCACAUCCCAAGUUGCCCUGAACUUUGUAUGUACCGUGUUCUCCUAUACAAGGCGGUUUGAAUUUGAAGUACCCAUUUAUAGUACUUUGUGUAGAUGCCUAACAGAAUCAUUAAUCUUUUCAACAUCAGCUGCGCCCCAAGGACGUGUUUCAGAUUUUCAGAAUUUGAAAUUUUGUUUUCCUUCCCUUUGCAUCCUAGUGUUUAGAUUUUUUUUUUUCUCUUUCCAGCUUUCUGCAUUUUUUUUUCUUUUUUUUUUUUUCUUUCCCCCCCUCCCAUUUCAUUGUCUUGUUUCCCUGGGAAAGGUUGGUUGGCACCCAUUCACAAAAAUAACCUAUCCCUUAGUGUCCAGUCCUUUCAUUUUCCUCCCUCUUAAAUCUCUUUUUAUAUUUCCCACAGUCUUCCAUACAGUGCAUGCUUUUCCCUAUUUCUCUCAAGUAUUUAUGGUUUAACUCUCACCUUCCUACUCACUCCUGGUUAUUGUCUUUUUUUGGAUUUAAGUGGCUUUUUGGUUUCUAAUUGAUGCUUGUCAUUUUCAGUAGUAAGUAUUGCUUAAAUGCUGCUGUCAUUGCUCUGUUUCUUUUGCAGCUCAUCAACUGACAAAAGGACAUGGCAUGUCUCCCUUUUCUCUUGCUCGGCUAUGGUAUGAAAGGGAAUAUUGCCAUUUUGUAAAUAUGCUUCUGUACAUAUGUAAAUUUUCUUUAAAUGAAAUAAAGUCAGUGUUUUGGAAA